AUGCAAAUCUUCGUCAAGACUCUUACCGGCAAGACCAUUACCCUCGAGGUUGAAUCCAGUGACACUAUUGACAAUGUCAAGACCAAGAUUCAGGAUAAAGAAGGCAUUCCACCAGAUCAGCAACGAUUGAUUUUUGCCGGCAAGCAACUUGAAGACGGCCGCACUCUUUCCGACUACAACAUUCAAAAAGAGUCGACGUUGCACUUGGUGCUACGCUUACGUGGCGGUAUGCAAAUCUUUGUCAAGACGUUAACGGGCAAGACAAUUACUUUGGAGGUUGAGUCGAGCGAUACGAUCGAUAACGUCAAGACCAAGAUCCAGGAUAAGGAAGGCAUCCCGCCAGACCAGCAGCGGUUGAUCUUUGCUGGCAAGCAGUUGGAAGACGGCCGCACCCUGUCGGACUACAACAUCCAAAAGGAGUCAACCUUGCACUUGGUCCUUCGUCUACGUGGUGGUAUGCAGAUCUUUCAGCACGAUGCGUUGAAGCCAAGAAAGAGACGGUGUGCAGUUGAACACUGCUCAAACAAGGUGGUCAAAGUGGUGGGUCUUUGCCGUUACUGCCAGUCUCAGUACUGCUCGCGCCAUCGAUUACCCGAGGAUCAUGCUUGCGUCAACUUGGUCAGCUGCCGGCAAGCAGCUCAUGAACGAAACAGCGUCAAGUUGUUGAGCGAGCGUUGCGUGGCAAGCAAAGUGUAA